AUGAGAGGAAGAGGGAUAACAACGACUGUUAAUUAUUUUUUAAAACCUCCUCAACUUACCAUCAUCAAACCUGUUAUUAAAAAUAUACGACAAAUUUCUACAACAAACCUACAAGACCAAGUCUCUAAUGCUAAUAUCACUUCUCCCACAACCUCAUUUACAACCAAGAUUGAACAAGAAACAACAAAUAUAAAAGAUAGUAAAGAGGAAACUUCUACUACUGGUUCUUCAAACACUCAACAAUCAUCAUCAAAUCCACCAAAAGAAUUAAAUAAGCCUAAAAAUGCAUUUACAAAAAGACUAAAAAUUAUACCUUCAGAAAUAUCAACAGAUUGGUCAAAACCUCUUGAGAAAUUGGAGAUUCCCAUCACUACAAGAAGAAUUUAUAAUGAGGAAUUAAGUAUUUUUAUAAAGAUUAGUAAUUUACCAUUGACUGCAAUUCCAAGAGAUAUUCACAGUUUAACAUAUGGAAUACCUGGAUAUAAUUACGAAUUUACUGACCGUAAUUAUCAAAGUAUAAUGAAAAAAAAUUUCGUUUUGUUACAAAAUGAGAAAUCAAGAAAUAAUACUGAUUCAUUUAUGGAUUUCCUAAAAAAGAAUACGGUUAUAAAAUAUGGACCAACACUUUCACUCUCAGGUAGAUUGGUACUAGUCACAGGACUUCCAAAACAAAUCAAGAUUGCUAGAUUAGCUAGUUUUUUUGAUGAAUCAAAUACAAACAAAUUCAAGUUAAAUGAUCUAAUAGAAAUCACAAGUUCAAGUUACAGAUAUUCAAAAUAUAUUCUUAGAUUCAGGAGUAUAGAUGAUGCUUAUCGUGCAGUAAGGAAAUACCACAAUACUUAUUUUGAUCCAAUCAAUCAUAAUGAUUUGUAUAAAAUAAAGGCACAAAUAGUUUAUUAA